UAUUAUAUGUAUAUAUUAUCACUAUUGAAAUGAGUUAUUUAUUUACUACUUGAAAUCAACUUUUUGUAAGCUUAAUCAUCGACCGAAAGACAAAAAUCUUUAUUGUUUUAUCAUCAUCAUCAUCCAAAUAUAUUUGAAUUUGACAGAUAAACAAGUAGCUAUGUCCAAUGAGGAGCGCCUUCGAAAGCUAUUAUCUGAUUUAGGAAAAGCAACAUUACGCGGUGUAAGAAAAUGUCCUAAAUGUGGAACGUAUAAUGGAUCUCGUGGAUUAUGUUGUAAAAAUAAGUAUUGCGAUGCAGUGUUUAAAGAACCAGGAGAAAAGAGAAAAUUAUCAACCGAAGCAUGUAAACUAAUAACCGGUUCAGCUGCUCAAGUUUUCUCUGUUCGAGUUAGAGAUAAGGGUCCUGAUUAUCGAGGUUUUGUACAGUUGCCUGUAAUAAAUACAUCUAUUUCUAAUGAAAUGAUAGCAUUAAUUUCACAAACAACUGCUCUAUGUUUUGUCGAUACUUGUGAGAGGAGUUUUGAUACCAGUGUUCUUAAAUGUCACGAAAAGGAUGCAUCUGAUGUAACAGUAUCAACGUGCCAACAUAUCCAGGCUGCAUUAAGAUGUUACGCAGAAGCUCAGCCAUUGACGUUAAGAAAUUCUAUUUUAUCAUCUUUAAACGUAAACAAUGAAAUGAAACAAGAGAUUUGGUUAUUAGCUACAGAAACGUCAGGUCCAUUGGUACAAAGAGUAUCUAAAAAUAUAAUGGCUGUAAAAUGUAAAGCUUCGCCAAAGCAUCCUUUAGGAUAUCUUCAUUUUUCUUUCUUCGUUACUAAAUUGAAAGAUAGAGUGGAACAUCGGUGUUUUUGCAGUUGUACCGCAUUUAAGGGUACCGCUAAAUCAAUUGGAGAUAAAAUAGAAACAAAUUUGUCACAAGCAAAACGCUGUGUACACUUUUACGCAUGUAUAUGUGCCUUUGCUAGUGAUCCUAAAUUGUCGGAAGAAUUUAAUUAUUAUAUAACCUUAGAUCAAAAUGAUCUAAGUGUACCAAAACCACCGAUGUCAAUUUUAGAAAAUAAUGAACAAGAUAAAAUAGUUGGAAUAGAUCUAGAUGCUUUAAAUACAGAUGAUGCUGAAACGCAUCUGUUGAUAUUUCGUGAUGACACUUUAACUGUGCAAAGUUUAGAUGGAAAUAGACUUGAUUUAGAUUCAAUGAACUUGGAAUCAUCGAUUUUACCUAAUAACAUUGUUGAAAAUAUCGAAGUGGAAUGUGAUCGUAGUUUAUUAGAAGAUAAUAAUAUUAUUUCUCAGGUUCAUAAUUUGGAAGUUAUUGACCAAAAUAGUGUGCAAUUUAAUGGAAACACAAUGAAAAUCUUAAAUGAACAAGCUGAAAUUGAUACAAAGUACAAUAUAUUAAAUAGUCAAUAUAUCUUAAACGAUAAUAAUAUUAAAAUAUUAAAUACUAGAAAUUUAAAAGUCAUUGAUACAAAUACAGUAUUAGAUGUUAACAAUAUCAAAUUAAUAGAUACUAAUGCAGUAAUUAAUGGUAAUGAAUUUAAGAUGAUAGAAAAAAAUGCAUUAAUUCAAUACGAUAAUGGAAAUAUGUCUAAUUCUGAAAGCGGGACUGUACAACCUACUGUUUCGAUAAAGCGAAAAAGAGAUGAUAAAAACGUGAAUAAAUUAAGCGCUACUGGUCUAAAUAAUUUAAGUUCUAUCGAACCGAGAAAAUCAAAAUCAAAACCAACUAUUAUAAAGAGAUAUCAAAAUUCAUGCGAAGAUUUCGAUGAAUCUAACACAAGCCUGCCUUUCAUUAAAUGGUUAGCAUCAAUUACAGAGAGAAUUAAUCAAACAAUGCAUUUUCAGUUCGAUGGAAAACCUGAUCCUUUGGUAUUUCACGUACCACAAAUAUUUUUUGAUUGUUUACGGGAGCGAAUAUCUUGUGGUGGUAAAAAGAAACGUUUACCUAAUUCGACGACAGCCUUUGUUAGAAAAGACGGAGUACCGUUGGGUACCUUUACAAAAUAUACAUGGCAAAUUACAAAUAUAUUGCACGUAAAGAGUAUUUUUGAAACACCACUUAUACCUUUAGAAAUCACAAGAAGUUUUAUACAAAAUGCAGAUGGAACGUAUGAAUUAUAUAAAAGAAAGGAAACAGAUAUCGAUCGGUAUAAAAAAACAAAUAAUAAUGCAUUGAUCAAACCGUUAGAAUUGAAAACUUAUUUAAAAGUUGGUAAUACUUCUCCUAAUCAAGUAGAGCCAACACCAUUCUUAAUAGAAUGGAUACCAGAUAUUUUACCAAUAUCCAAGAUUGGCGAAUUAAGAAUUCGAUUUGAGUUUGGACACGUUAAAAAUGAGGCUAACCAAAGAUGGAGAAAGAUAGCGUUAUCGAAAAAUUAUUGAAUUAAAAGUUUAAUAUCAGUAUAAGUUAAGUAUUUAUUUUCAAGUAUUGUACUGUUAUUUCUUUGUUAUAUUACAAAAUUUUAAAUGUUUUAUAAGAAAACACGUAAUAAUGUUUUACAUUGCAUACUAAUGUAUAUAUUUCAAUCAACAAU